AUGUGGACGCAAGAAGCACUCGAUCAUUUAAAUAAAGAAAUAAAUAAAACAUCUCGAAAUAAAAUUCAUAUUUUAGAUUAUCUUGCUUAUAUAACAUCACAAAAAAUUUAUUACGAAACUAUGAGAAAAAAUCAAACAUUAACUAAACAAGAACGAAAAGGUGAUAUAAAUACAAAUGAUAAACAAAAUUUAAAAUUAUUUCGAACAGUUACACAAACGAAAAAUGCUAAAAUAAAUAAUUCAAGUAAUGAAGAUUUACCAAUUGUUUCUCGUUUUUCUCGAUUAAUUGAAACUGUAACAAAUUUAAGUAUGAUAACAGCUGAAGAUCUUCAGAUAUGUGAAUAA